GUGAUUUGUCUAAUGAAUGUGGAUGUCAGUGUCUUGUGCGAUUUGCUGCAGCGCGAUUUCUAAAGUAGCUCUUGCAUUACUUUUUCUGCAGUUUUUUUGCGAUUUCACAUACCAGGGGCGGACUGACAACUCAUGGGGCCCCCGGGCAAUAGGAAAUCAUGGGGCCCCUGUGUCCUAACCAACACUCAAACCACACCCAAAAAAGCCUGUGAAAGGUAUCAAGGGCAUCUCAUGGGGCCCCCUACUGACCCCGGGCCCUCGGGCAGUGCCUGAGUAUUUGAAUGGUCAGUCCACCCCUGGUUUG